AUGGCUGGGAACUUUUGGGCCAGUUCACAUCAUGAGCAGUGGAUGUUUGAUAAGGCCGAGCUCCAACGAUUUCGUUUUGAGGAUUUUAAAGUAUUCCCUGAAGAGGAGUAUGAUAAGUUUAUGAUUUUCUGGUGCAAUCUCAUCCAAGCAAUUGCAUUGGAAGGAAUUCCCUCGCAACCUAAAGCUCGUAUGCAAGUGGUCGCUACUGCCAUGGUGUACUUCAAGAGGUUUUACAUCAGGCAUACCUUCAAGGAUGUUGAUCCUUUCUUGAUGGCUUGUGCCUCUAUUUUCCUCGCCUCGAAAGUUGAGGAACACGGCCAGAUGAGCAUGAGUAAGAUGAUGAAUUGCAUUCCAGCCCUUCUUAAGCGUUUCCCUAAUAUUAACUUUGACGCUUCUUCUAAAAUCGCCGGUCUUUACGAUGCAGAGUUCAUUUUGGUGGAAACAAUGGAUUGCUGCUUAAUAGUCUAUCACCCAUAUCGACCACUGCUCACUUUCAUGGCCGAUAUAGCCAAAGACAACAAGGAAGAUAUAACCGAUUUAGAAGCCGAAUCGUGGAAAGUGGUAAAUGAUUCUCUUCGUACUGACGCCGUCUUUCUUUUUCCACCUCAUCUCAUUGCCGUUGCUUCGAUCAUUCUUGGAAGUCAGUUUUUGGAAAAAGAGUAUUAUAUAAAGAAUUGGUUACCGGAAAUCAAUAUUGAUCAACAAUGCUUGAUGGAAUGUAUCGAACUCAUCUGUAAUAUGUAUUUGGCUUAUAAUUCUAUUAAUGAAAAAGAUGACUACAAGACUAUGAUAGAGAAACUUCCACGAAUCCAAACUGCUCCUCCUAACAUGGGUCCUGGUCAAGGUGGCAUACACUGCAAAACCCAAAUGGACCCCAAAAUGCGUUACGCUGCCGCUGGGGAUAGAGGCAGAGUCUGUAUUUAG